AUGACAAUUCUCAUGAUGACGACCUUGAAUUUGACAAGCUUCAAUUCAGACUCCUUCAGUUUGGUGGGGAUCCCAGGACUGGAGAAGUUUCACAUCUGGAUUGGGAUUCCUUUCUUCGCUCUCUACCUGAUAGCCCUGGCAGGUAACGGUCUCCUUAUUUACCUCAUCAUUGUGGACCACAGUCUCCAUGAACCCCUGUUCUUUUUUCUUUCAGUAUUGGCCUCCACAGACCUUAUAUUAUGUACCACAUGUGUUCCUAAAGCACUCGCUAUAUUCUGGCUGAAAGCUCACGAAAUCACAUUUUCUGGUUGCCUCACCCAGCUGUUCUUUCUUCACUUUAGUUUUUUCUUAGACUCUGGAAUUUUGUUUGGCAUGGCGUUUGAUCGUUACAUGGCCAUUUGUUCACCUUUGAGAUACACCAGUAUUUUGACACCUAAGUUAAUUGUCAAGAUCAUGGUGGGUAUUGUUGGUCGGAGUUUUAUUGUCAUUUUUCCUAUAGUUUUCCUGGUAAAACGUUUGCCUUUUUGCAGGUCGCGAACUAUUCUUCAUACAUACUGUGAGCACAUGGGGGUGGCCCGGCUUGCCUGUGGUGAUAUAUCCAUCAAUAUCUGGUAUAGUUUUUCUAUGCCUCUAGUCAGUCUUUUCUCAGAUCUUACAUUCAUUGGUAUUUCCUACACUUUUAUCCUUCGUGCUGUUUUUCGCAUUUCAUCCAGAGACGCCCGUGAGAAAGCCCUCAGCACCUGUGGUUCUCAUGUUAGUGUCAUGCUCCUAUUCUACACACCAGCCGUACUCUCUGCCCUUAUUCAUCGCUUUGGUCAUAACAUUUCUCGCCCCUUUCACAUCAUGUUUGCCAAUCUCUAUGUGGCAAUUCCUCCUGCACUCAAUCCCAUCAUCUAUGGUGUUAAAACAAAGCAGAUUAGGGACAGGGUCAUCCUUUUAUUCUUUCCUAAAAGAGUUCUGUAA